GACGAUGCUAACAGCCUGUGCUCAUCAGCUGGAUCAGCUGCCUUUGCUUACCUUUGCCUCGCUCAGGAAGAUGGAGGCGGAGGGAGAGGCGGGCCAGUCGGAGCAAGAGCCACACAAAAGGCCGCCGGAGGAGGACCGAGAGCCAGAUCGCCCGGACAAGUGGAACAAGCCGGCCUACAAAGGACGUCAGGGGAAAGGACAGUCUUGGGGCGGCGGAGGUUGGAGGACGUGGGAGAAUACAUCCCAGGACCAGCCGAUGGACAAUGCCACUCGUCACCUCCUUCGAACUCUUGUGAAGACAACGCUGCGACUGGACGAGGACGUGAGCCGGCUCAGAGCAGAUUGCAAUUUCAUGCUCUUCGUGGACAGUGUGACGGAGACGAACACACUGCAGACUCUGAGAGAGGCAGCUCAGAAGUGGCAAGAGGCCUUUGUGGAGAAGAAGGUGACCACUUCUCUCCGCGUGAUUCUCUUUUGCGGGUUGGUGAAGCGUCUCCGCGAAGCAGUGGAGCAAGUCCAAACGGACGACGAGCUCAAAGAUCGUCUUCUUCGCGUGGGGUGGUUAGAGGACGGCGUCAAUGCUCUCCUGCCGGCCUGGCAUUAUUUUCGAUGGGACGCUGCCGCACAGCGACAGGUGGUCUCGGAACGGCCACCCCUGACCCAGGACCGCCUUCUGAAGUGCCUGGAUGUUCUGGAGAAGGGCUGCAGCCCCCCCACAGUCCUCCUGAGGUUCCGCUCGACGCACAAGCUGGGUCAGGAGACGCAGGCAGACGUGGUUCCGUUCAUGCUUUCCAUCAGCCUUCGGACCUCGGUAUCCCACGAAUGCCACGAAGCUUUGUCAAUUCUGGCAUACAGCGGCGCCUUGAAGAUGCUUGGGCUUCGGCUGCGCCCAGAAAGGGCGCAACAGUCCCAGAUGGCCAAGGAGUUGACCGAGGCUUAUCUGACGGUCCCCUACACGGACUGGACCCGUCGGCCGGCCCCGUGGACACAGCAACAGCCGCUGCCCACCGCAGAUGCCAUGGAGAAGUAG